AUGAGAUUAUCUGGUAUUUUUUUAUCUGCAUGCUCAAUUUUGAGCUUGGUCAAUGCUCAAAACUUUCAAAACUCAUCAAGUACAUCUAAUGGUCCAAUUUCCGCUGCUGCUGCUUCAUCUGGUCAAUUACAAGAAGAUGCUACUACAGUUCCAGUUACAACCGUUGAAACUGCAAUCGAUCCAAUUUCUUCAGAAGAUGGUGCUUGUACUUAUUCAAAAUUAGGUGGUUCUUUCAACAAUGGUAAAGCAUGGACUGCUGCUUAUGAAAUUAAAGUUUCACCAGAAGAUCGUUCAAACUUGAAUAGUGAACGUAUUUUCGAAAUCACUUGGUAUUUUGCUUUUGAUGAUCCUUUAGAUGCUGCUACUUUCGAAUUUGAAACUAAUAGUGAUUCUGCUGAAACCACUGAUUUGGUUGCUAACGUUCAAGAUGGUUCUUUCAAGGUUACUUUCCAAUUCACAGUUCCAUUCCGUGAUCCUGAAUACUGUGAUUCAUAUUUCUUAGGUUUGUUCACAGUUGGUGAUGAUGAUUAUUACACAAUUGUUGUCGGCGGCAAAGAACCACCAACUAUUCAAGCUUCAUUCAACUAUCAACGUAUUACAUGGGAAUGCUCUCAAUUACUUGAUUUCGCUGAAAACUGUGUUCCACCUGAAACUUCAUCAUCAUCAGAAUUGCCAUCAAGCUCAGUUGUCUCUUCAUCUUCAGAAUUAUCAUCAAGUUCAGAUGUCUCUUCAUCAUCAGAGAUAUCAUCCAGCUCAGAUAUUUCAUCUUCUGCAUCACCAUCAAGUUCUGAUGCAUCAUCAUCUUUCCCAGAAUCAUCAUCUGCUCCAAGCUCAUCAGACUCAUCUGCCUCAUCAGACUCAUCCGACUCAUUAGUUUCAUCAUCGGGAUUCGCUAACUCAACAACUGGUGGUCCAUUGACUUUAACUUCCACAAAAGAAGCCCAAUCAUCAACUGUUAUUACUAUCACCUCAUGUGAUGAAGAUAAGUGUACCCAAGUUCCAGUUACUACUGGUGUCACUGUCACUCUUGUCACUAAAAAUGAUGUUGUUACCAGUUACACAACUUAUUGUCCAAUUACCACCACUGAAACUAUUACUUCUUGUGAAGAAGAAAAAUGUCAACCAACAGGUGCUCCAGCACAACCAUCAGAAGCCCCAGAAGCUGUCACUACAACUUGUACUGAAGAAAAAUGUCAACCAACAGGUUCAGAAGCUCCAGCUCCAGCCCCAGCUCCAGGUAAUCCAACUGCCGCUUCAGCUUCUUCAGAUGCACCAGAUUCAGAUUCUGGUAGCUCAGUUGCUCCAGCUCCAGGUGAAGGCUCUACAGGUACCGAUUCUCAAGGUGAACCAACUGAAGCACCAACUGAAGCACCAGCUUCACAAUCAUCAGCUGCACCACAAUCACCAGCUGUUACUACCUAUGAAGGUUCUGGUAUGAUGCUUGCUGGUAAUUGGGCUGUUUCAUUAUUUGCUGCUGUCUUUGCUUUUGCUUUAUGA